CACACCACCUCUAACCCUUAUGGUUUCCUGCAUGCAUUCCAAUUAAAACAGAUAUCUGGCUUAACUCAGAACAGGUCUAAUGACUGGUAUUCUUUAUAUGCUAUAUUUCUGACAUGUUUUGUUAAAAGCAAUGAAAGAGUAAAUAAAACUCUCCUCCACUGCCUGGCUAAACCACUCCCCUCUCCAAAACAACUGAACAGAGUAGUUUGGUGAGUCCGCAAAGGACACGACGUCGAUACGCUGGGAUAAAAUUGAAGGAUUCUCCCACAACAAAUACAGCACCAACAUGCCAAACUGGGGAGGAGGUAACAAGUGUGGUGCAUGCCAGGGGACGGUGUACCAUGCCGAGGAGGUGCAGUGUGAUGGGAAGAGCUUCCACAAAUGCUGCUUCCUGUGCAUGGUCUGCAGAAAGGGUUUAGACAGCAACAAUGUGGCCAUCCAUGACACUGAGAUCUACUGCAAGUCCUGCUAUGGGAAGAAGUACGGCCCCAAGGGCUACGGCUACGGUCAGGGAGCUGGGACACUCAGCAUGGACCGUGGAGAGAGACUGGGGAUCAAACCAGAGGAGACCCAGUGUCACAGACCCACCACCAACCCCAACCCCUCCAAAUUCGCCCAGAAGUUCGGGGGCUCGGAUAAGUGUGGCCGGUGUGGGGAGUCAGUGUACGCUGCGGAGAAGAUCGUGGGGGCAGGCAAGCCAUGGCAUAAGAACUGCUUUCGGUGUGCCAAGUGUGGGAAGAGCCUGGAGUCUACCACCCAGACAGAGAAAGAUGGAGAGAUCUACUGCAAAGAAUGUUACGCAAAGAACUUUGGUCCCAAAGGAUUUGGUUAUGGCCAGGGAGCUGGAGCUCUGGUGCAUGCCCAAUGAUGACCACCCUCAAGACAACGUAUUUCUGACUGAAAACCGCUGUGCCUAUGCUUCGCUGUUUAAAGGCUGGGGGGAGGGCCAUAAUACGGAGGAUUUACAAAUAUACAUUAUACAAUAAAUAAAAAGCUAUUCCAAAAAACAA